UCACAGAUGGAAUAGGAAGCUAAAGAAGGAGAUGAAGAGAGUCUGCAAACAGCUUUCAAAAAGUUGAGAGUGGAUCCAACUGGAACUUCUGUUAGUGAAGGAACAGGAUUGCGAUCUCCAGGCAGAGUAACUAUCGACGGAGGCUGGCAUCAAAUUGUCUGUUCAAGAGAGAUUUGGCACAGAGGUGCACGGAAAUCCUUGAAAGGGACAACAAGACCACAACGAUGUAGGCGUUCCAAAUCUCCUGUUCUUCAUCCCCCAAAGUUUACAUAUUGCAGCAUAAAAGCAUCUUCUGUAAAUAACCAACUGAAACACAAAAGUCAGGUUGAUGCGCCAAAAAACAAAAUUGGUCCAGAUCCUAGAGUUUCAGAAGAGCUGUACCUAACUGGAAAGAGGUGCCCAUUUUUAGACAGCAGCAACUGCAGAAAAAGCAGAGCAGGACAUCAGAAAACAUGUACUGGUGAGCAGCCUUCAAAGAAUUUAGGAAGGAAAUGUCAUACUUUUUCUUUGACCUUUGAAACCAGUCUGGAUCCUAGCCAGCCUUCAGAUUUCCAGUCUCUUUCCAAGAUGAGUUAUGAGAAGCAGUGCCCAUACAUGGACAAAGAAUGGCAAGCAAUAGAAACAUAUUCCUUUUCUGGUUUGCGGAGCGUCUUAUCAGAGUGUGAAAAGGCAGUUCUGGAAGUGCGUUCACAAUCCUUACCAAAUCGAUCACCUUCUACUACAGGUUCGUCUGGCUCUGCCCGAUCUUGUUCGGAGCAAGCUCGAGUCUUUGUGGAUGAUGUGACUAUUGAGGAUCUUUCUGGGUACAUGGAAUAUUACUUAUAUAUUCCCAAGAAAAUGUCUCACAUGGCAGAGAUGAUGUACACUUGAAAUGAGAAUCAUGGGUUUGAAAUUCAGUGGUGGUAGUGAAUAUUUUCUCAGUGCUGUAGAUGGAAAUGUGUCCAUUGUCAAUGCUGCGUGUUUGAUCAAAUGUUUAUUUGCACCAUAUAAUGUUUUUAAAUAAAGUUUAAAAAGUGAUAUAUGUUUAAAAGUACGUUGCAUUAAAUAGGAGAUUUAAGAAAGUACCUGGAUAAAAUUUUUGUUCUCUUGAUGCAAUUUAAAUUUCAGUUUCUUAAAAAGUUCAAACAAGGUUUGUCUUUAAAUAAGAGUUUUCCUAAAAUGCAGCAAAUUCUGUAGAUUUCAAAUUAAGUUUACCAAGUUAGGUAAAAAAUUAAUCGGAUCUACUGAUAAAUUUGCAAUAAAUUGGCAAGGAUGUUCUUUCUUUUAUUUUUUUAAUAAAAACUGUUAAUUUUCUCACUCUAAAAUGAAAGCUUGGGCUGAACAGGAGUGGAUGUUUUUGUGACAGAACUUUGAGCUCAUAUCAGUUCUGUUAAUGAAAAGAAAUUUCUAGCUCAGGAGGUCAUGCAGAUAUCGUUAACUUACCCUGUUAGUAUAAGACUUUGGUUAACUUAUUAUGCUAAGCCAAAAUGCUGUUUGUUGUGAUGAGCAUGUCUUUUGCCACCAUCUCCAAAUGAUUGGAUUUCUUACGAAGAAAACAAAAAUAGAUCCAACAAGCCUAAAGGCUAUUCAGUCCUGCCCUAGUAAGAUAACUCAGAUUAGUGAAAAGUUAAAAUAGUUUUGUGCAGUUCCUUGUGUAGCAGGGGUCUCAAACUCGCAACGUCAUGUGACGUGUUGUGACAUAUCACCACUUUUUUCCAUUGCUGGCAAUGGGGUGUGGUUUCAGCAUGACACAUCCGGCCCGCAGGUCAGCAGUUUGACACCCCUGUUGUAUAGGAUUGAACAUGAGUCUGCAAUUUUAAAGGAACAGGUAACAGAUUUAGCAUAAUUAAUAUUGUCUCCUAAAUAAUUUUGCUGAUCUAUUUUUCUUUAAUAUCUCAGCUUCUAGCAAAAGUUAUAUAUCUCUAAAUUGGUUUUACUCAGAUUAAUAUUUCAUUGCUAAAUACAAGCAUAUUUUUUUCUUCUUGAACAUCCUACAAUGAUAGGGUUUUCUUUUUUUAAUAAGCCAUAGUGGUUAAGUGGAAGCAUCACACUAAGCCACCAAUAUAUGGAAUAAUACACAAUUUGAACCCAUCUUUUUAAUAAGCUGGUCUUGUCCUUGUUUGCAUAACACACGCAGAUUAGUGAUAACUGCUCUCAGUUGAUUGGGUGAUCUCCACCAGUACAUGAUCUUGGAUUGCUCCAUCAGUCAUCUGAUAGCCAUAUUUAUAGUCCUCUUUGGUGGCACCAAGGAGGCUGGAAACUAUCCCUUUCUGCUUCACUUCCUACAGUUUUUUGUUCCCAACUGCAAGAAGAAAAGUUAUUAUGGCACUAUAGGAUUGAGACCACCAUGACCAGGUUUGGAUAGGUUGGGCUUUUUCCCACAGUUUUCCUCUUUUUCAGUACCAAGAUCCAUGUGGUCACAGGGAUCCUAAAGGAUUAUUUAAACUGUUCAGAAGGAGCACUGCUUUCAUAACACCUUUCUAGGACUCAGUUAGGGCUAUUGGAAUAGUCAAUUAAAUUUUAAAUUCACAGGACGUUGGUAAAGUUACUUCACCAAAGGAAUUAGUUUAGCCCUGAAUAGAUUGGGUCAUUGGGGCUAAAUCCAGCUUGCUAGGAUUAUAGCUGUGUCAGUUAACCUAGUUUUAUGACUUCACAUGACAUGCUUUUCUUAUCUAUAAACAACUUAAGGUGGCAUGUGAAAAGGUCCAUUGACUGCCUCUGAGUACUACUAGAAUGAUCGUCCUUGACAGGCGAAUGCUUUCAAAAUGUGUACAGGUAGUUCUUGACUUGCAAGCAGUCACUUGGCAACCAUUCAAAGUUAUGAUGGACCUCCCCAGAGCUACGAUGUUUCUAAGUUCUAAUGGCUGUCCCCACAGUCGUAUGAUCGUAUUUGGGGCACCUAACAACCAGUCCACAUUUAGAACUUUACGGCAUGUCACAGUCACACAACUGCAAUUUUCGGUAUUUUUUGCUGGAAGCUUCCAUGAUUGCAACAUUCAUUUAAUGACCACAACAUGCACUUAACUCACACCACAAAAAAAGUCAAAAUCUGGUGUGGUCACAUGACCCACUGAACAACUGCCACAGUUUAGAACUGUAAUUCCAGGCCCAAUUGUUCUAUGUCAAGGAUUACCUGUAAUACAGUUGCAUAUGCCACACAGAUGCAGCUUACUUUCUCACUAAGUUCCUGUGAGUAUUGAUCUCUUCAUUUAGGUUAGGGCUUUUCAAAAGAAACAAUGUUAAUAUUGAUUUACAAGUAAGCAAUUUAUAUUCUGUAUGUUGCGCAAUCUUCAAUUGAAGUCAAGGAAGUGCUAUAAAUUAUAGCUCUUUUGAAUAAGCUUGGCUUGAUCUUAUUUGCCUAACACAGGCAAAUUUGUUUUCUAUGUUUCAUAUGAUUUAAAUUAAAUAACAUUUGAAUUAAAUAAUAUUUGAAUUAAAACAAAUGUGUGCUAGUUAUGGAUUUUGUAGUUAAUUUGUCCUAGUUGCUGAAAGUGGUUAGCUGAGCCAUAAGCCAUAGAUAAAAGGUAUCUUAGAACUACCUAACUGCCUCCAGAAAGAGAAAGCAAAAAAACUUUCAUUGUACAACAUCUAUUUUUAUUCUGCAGAACUUUGAAGAAAAUCAUUUGAAUAAGCAAAGCUUGGCAUCCCAUGCAAUUUUUUUUAAAAAACAUAAGGUUUAAGAAAUAUGAGCUUUGCUUGCAGCAUAAGAAUAAAUCCAUUAAUAUACUAUGGCAAUAUUGCAAAAUAGGCUGGCUCGUUUUGCUUUUUUCUGAAGCAAAAUGUCUUUAAAAAUUGUCCCCUGAAACAAAUGGAGCUGUUUUUGAGUAUAGUAGCUUGCUUCAGUUAAACCUUUGAAUAGAGGAAUUUCCCUGCUGAUUAUGCCUUUGCAAAUUAAUGAGAGGAUUGGUUCUAUUCCCAUACAUAAAUACAUUAAAUAAAUUUAACCCAUUGUAUGCAUACCAGAAGUAGCCAUUUUAUGCUGUAAUUGUUAAAUGAUACAUGUAUGUCCCAUUUACUAUAUGUCAAUAUUAGAAAUACUGGGUAGUCCGUUUAUCUUAAAUAUAUAUACAUACAUAUAGCCUUAAUUUUUGUAUAAAGAAUGCAAUUAAUGUUUCUGAUUUACUUUUGAUUAACAGAUUCUCAUCAUAUUUGAACAUCUGCAUUGUAGGAAGACUAUACAGGUAUAAUGGAAUAGGUGUAUUGCUAUGAGAACAAAUUUGAAUUUGAAACCAUGAUAACCAUAUGAGUUUGAAAAUGAGUAUAUUGUUUCUGCUUUGCUGUUUAAAAGAUGAUACUAUUCAAAUGGAGUUUUUGAAGCAUAAUGUUUUAGAUUUAUUUUUUUCCCCAUUCUAGGGCUAAAGGGCAAGAAAAGUUAGCAUCACAGUCAAGAAUACAAUGGAGCAGGGAACUUCCUUUUUGAUAGUUAAAUCCUUCUCAAUGCUGAUUUAAUAUUUACUGGAAUUGUGGAGUAAAGGAUAUUGGCAACACACAAGGUCACUGAAAUGAUUGUUUAAAACCAAACACUUUACGGAAUGUUCAAUAAAUGGACCACUAGAUGGAGUUUUGAGGAUUUUUUUUUUCUUUUUGAUGCUAGGAAAUAAUUUAUCCAGAAAUGCAAUUAGUAUUUUCAAAAGGUCAUUGUCUAAAAGUCUGACAGAUAAUGAAAUUAUUCCAAUAUUCCUAUAGAGAAGGAAGAUUAAACCUUAUACUCAGAUUUUUUUUUAAUGUUAUAUAUACCAGUAAUGCAUGGCAGAAAUGUUUCAGAGGGGAAGCUUGUGUUUGAAAAAAGCUGAAAAUAGUAUUGAAGUAGAAAAUUGGAAUCUAAUUUUUUAUGAGAGCCAGUCUGAUCUAAUUGUUGUGAUGCUGGAGUAGGAGAAUCUGGGUUCUAGUGCUCCCAUGGGAAGAAAGUAAUGGCAAACCACUUCUGAAAAUAUUGCCAAGAAAACUGGAUGGAUUUGUCCAUGUACUCACCAAGAACCCAGAUUGACAAAAAAGGCACACAAACACAAAUACGCCUUGGAGAAUACCAAAUUAGAUGGUUUGAAAUUACAGAGAUUUGAAAAAGAAAAAAAAAGAUCAAGAAAGAAAAGAUAGAGGUGCAAGAAAAGUAAAA